AUGCACAAAGCCACCGGCGGGUGCAACGACGUCAAGGACAAAGUGAACCAGUGUCUACGACUCGAGCGGGGAAAGCUACAAGCGGAGAACAGGGCGGCGGCGAGGGCGAAGCGCGACAGGAUCAAGGAGGAGCAGAAGGCCUUGGGUCUCUAG